AUGAACAGCAUUACGACGGCGCCAGAAUUUAUCAGAGUAAAGAGGAGAAGGGAUGAGGAUUCUGUGCAGGCAUUAUUAAUUGAUGAGGGGAAAAGAGUGAAGAAACAGAGGUUUAUAUUCAAAUUGUCGAAGACUGUAAGCCCUGAAAGCUAUCAAUCAGAGCAAGAGUCCUCCACACCGCUAUUGAAACUUGCUCAUGAAGACCAUAGACAUUUUGUACUAGAGCAGAGAAGGAAGCGCCGUAGAGAUUCAGAUGACGACAAGACACAAGAAGGGUUUAUAGGAGAUAGUAACAUUAUAGAGGACGAAGGACUACCGCCAGAGAUCAAUCAGAUGGUAAAUGACUACUUAAAAUUGAAUAUGGGUGUACAAAAGACCGAAAAGAAAAAACCGAGUAGAAAGUAUUUUAGUGGGAAAGUCACAGAAAUUGUAUCACUACCCAGCCUAGAUUACGUUUUUGAUAUUUAUCAUUUAGAGAAAAUUCGUGAGGAAGAAGUUGCAAAAUAUAACGAUGAGAAAAAUAUAGGGUUUGUGAAAAUUAUUGAGUACAUAGAUUUAGCUCUUGAUGAAGAAAGCGAUCCUAAUGAGGCUCGUUCAGAUGACGAGGAUUCUAAUGAUGAAAACUAUUAUCAAAAUGAUUAUCCGGAUGAUGAGGAUGAUGAUAGAUCCAUUCUUCUUGGUAGUGAAGGGGAAGAGAUAGCCCUAUCGGAAGAAGAGAUUGUUUUAGGAGUGAAUAAGAGCAGGUUUUCCUCUUGGAAUGACAACAAAAUUUUAGGGCCCAACGGAUACCAGGACGUGGAGGAAGAGUAUGGAGAUCUUUUUGAUAGACUUGGAGGCAACAAUAACGUCCUAAAAUCUAUCAAUUCUUCGAAUUUCAUUGAUUUAGAUGGCCAAGAAAAUGAGACAGAAAGAAGUGGCAAUGAGGAUGAUUUGGACGUGGCGCUUGAUACUGAAUAUCCUAGAAAUGAAUUCUUUCUAACGGAUGCUGACAAUCCAUUGGCGAAGCACAGAGACAAAAUUUUUCACCAAUUACAGGAAAAAAUCGAUAGAAGGUGA